ACGCUCCUCCUUCUGCUCACUCUCAAUAGCCUCCGAUGAGUCUCUUAGCUCCUUCUCUGUCUAUUUUUAGAUAAAACAAAUUACUCAAAGACCUGAAUCAAACAAACAAACAAACACCCAAUCACAACUACUCCCAUCUCUCUCUCUCUCUCUCUCUCUCUCUCUCUGUGCUUCUUCUUUCACUUUUCCUCCAUUUGAAAAUAAACAAACGAAAGAGAGAUUAUUGCUUGAACAAAAAUACUCACCAAUCCCCACUUGCCCAUUCCCUGUAAUCGCGGAGACUUUUAAACUUUUCUUUCCUCAUGUAUCCUAUUCUUAUUAUAUAACCUUUUUGGCUCUUCCCUCUGCUUCUUCUUUUCAAUUUUUAAUAUUUCCUCAAUCGUGAAUUAAAGAAAUAUGAAAACAAAUACGACUUGAAAACACCCUUUUUAGUUUUUACUGUUCUGAGGUUGUAUUUGAGGUAAUACUGCACUGGGGGAGUCAGAAAGAUAGAGGUAGAGAUAGAGAGAGAGCCUUGGUUGAGAUUUUCUUUUCAGGUAAUAAAAAGCUAUGUUCUUUUAGAAGCCUUUUCUUUCUGUAGAGAAAUACAAGUUACCCAUCUGCAGCUGCUGCUGCUGCUGAGUACACUAAUCUACAUGUUUCCAGUGGAUUUCUCUGCGGAUUUAUUGGGUUUUGGGCUGUUUCUUUCUGUGUUUUUAUGCCAAUAACUUUGGGGGGCAAAAACAAGCAAAGAAUAAAAAAAAAGGAAAAAGAAAGAUUCAGACUUCAGUGGAGUUCUCUUUAAGUAGGGUGCUGAGUACCUUAUUUUGUUUCUAGCUUCAACUUCUGUUGCUGGAAAUAGAAAGAAUAAAAUGGCCAGGGACUAUACUGGUGGAUCGCCAAAGCACCACCACCUAGAAUCCAAGAAGAAGAGGCUUACUUGGAUUUUCGGGGUUAGCGCACUCUGCGUAGUAUGCUACAUGUUAGGAGCUUGGCAAACCACUUCUUCUCCUGUCAAUCGAUCUGAGCUCUACCAAAGGGUGGGUUGUGAUGAAACGUCUCAAAAUCAAGGAGGGAACAACGCUUCCUCCUCCUCUCCCUCAGCAGCAUCAGCAUCAUCAUCAUCACUUCACUUGGACUUUGAAAGUCAUCAUCAAGUGGAUAUCAACAAAUCCGACGCAGUCCAAAAAUUCCCAGCAUGCGACAUGGCCUACAGUGAAUACACUCCCUGCCAAGAUCCGCAAAGGGGGAGGAAAUUUGACAGAAAAAUGUUGAAAUACAGAGAGCGGCAUUGCCCCACCAAGGAAGAACAAUUGCUUUGCCUUAUACCUGCUCCACCAAAGUAUAAGACCCCUUUCAAGUGGCCUCAGAGCCGAGAUUUUGCUUGGUAUGACAACAUCCCUCAUAGAGAGCUCAGCAUUGAGAAAGCUGUUCAGAAUUGGAUUCAAGUUGAGGGUGACAGGUUUAGAUUCCCUGGUGGAGGCACCAUGUUUCCACGGGGAGCUGGUGCAUAUAUAGAUGACAUUGAUGCUCUCAUUCCUCUUAGUAAGGGCAACAUCAGAACUGCAAUUGAUACAGGCUGUGGUGUGGCAAGUUGGGGUGCUUACCUGUUGAGGAAUGACAUCUUGGCGAUGUCUUUCGCGCCCAGAGAUACACAUGCAGCACAGGUCCAGUUUGCAUUGGAGCGUGGAGUUCCGGCUAUGAUUGGUGUCUUGGCUUCGAAGAGGCUUCCCUACCCGGCGAGGGCUUUUGAUAUGGCUCACUGUUCCCGCUGCUUGAUCCCUUGGCAGAAUUAUGAUGGUUUGUAUCUAAUUGAAGUGGACAGAGUUCUAAGGCCUGGUGGUUAUUGGAUUCUUUCUGGGCCCCCUAUUCACUGGAAAAAACACUGGAGGGGAUGGGAGAGAACCCAAGAGGAUUUGAAGCAAGAGCAAGAUUCUAUUGAGGCUGUUGCCAAGCGUCUGUGCUGGAAGAAAGUGAUUGAGAAGAAUGACCUUGCAGUCUGGCAAAAACCCAUCAAUCACAUUGAAUGCAUUAAAAGCAGGAGGGUAUAUAAGACACCACAUAUAUGCAAAUCAGACAAUCCAGAUAUGGCUUGGGAGAAAGACAUGGAAAAUUGCAUUACUCCUCUACCAGAGACAACCAAUCCCGAUGAUGUUGCUGGUGGGGCUUUGGAGAAAUGGCCUGACCGUGCAUUUGCUGUCCCACCUAGAAUUAGCAGUGGUUCAAUACCAGGCGUCACCGCAGAGAUACUCCGGGCGGAUGAUCAACUGUGGAAGGAAAGGGUGGAACAUUACAAGCGGAUUAUACCAAUCUCUAAAGGACGAUAUCGGAAUGUAAUGGACAUGAAUGCUUACCUUGGUGGAUUUGCUGCAGCAAUAUCAAAAUAUCCUGUGUGGGUUAUGAACACUAUCCCUGCCAAUUCAAACCAGGAUACUCUUGGUGUGAUUUAUGAACGGGGCUUCAUCGGUACAUACCAGGAUUGGUGUGAGGCAUUCUCAACUUAUCCUAGAACAUAUGAUCUCAUCCAUGCUGGCGGUGUCUUCAGUAUAUAUCAGGACAGGUGUGACAUAACAUACAUUUUGCUGGAGAUGGAUAGAAUUCUGAGACCAGAAGGAACAGUUGUAUUUAGGGAUACUGUAGAGCUCCUUGUGAAAAUAAAGGGCAUUACAGACGGCAUGAAGUGGAAGAGCCAAAUUAUGGACCAUGAAAGUGGACCCUUUAAUCCAGAGAAAAUUCUUGUUGCUGUCAAAACUUACUGGACUGGUGAAGCCAAAAAAGAAAGCUAGUAGUAGUGUAUUCUUUUUCUCUUUGCUUGCAAUUCUCUUUUUCUAUUUUUCUUUUAUCCGUUCUUCUCUUGGUGCAUCGUCAUGUUAUGCUCUGGGAUUUUGUAAAAGAAUAUAUUUGCGUCUAAGUGGCAAAUUGGAUAGUUUUGCUCA